AUGAAUGAAUGGUGCAAGCCUCGAACCCUUGAACUCGGCAAGGGGUCGGGUAGUUGGUACGAAUGCGAACUCCAAGUAGCCUUGGAUACGACAGAAGGCAAAGGAAAGAAAGGUCGAAACCUAGAAGUUCUGCGCAUUUUCAGGGCCACGCCAAGUGUCAAAAGGGGAUAA